UGACCCUCUCCCUUCAGCAAUCUCAGAUACUAAAAUCCUCCAAGUGCCCGAAAAUCCUCGCACAGACGAAAAUGCGGUAACCAUCCCCACACAGACACCUACCAAGUGCUCGACGAAAGUCCCCAACGAAACAAAACCAUGGAGUCGAGCAUCCUAGAGUCGAUCGGCGUUGAGAUUAUCGGCGUCAUGUCGCCGGUCUCCAUCUGCAUGCUCCUCGUAGUUCUCUUAGUCUACGCUCUCUCUCCUUCCAACCCCUUUUCCGCCGCCGCCUCCGCUCCCCCGAUCCGCACCGCCGCCAACCUCGUCUACCUCGAGAGCCCCUCUGACUCCGCCUCCCAAAAGCUCGAAGGCGCUCUCCUCAACGCCUUGGUCUUCGUCGUCCUCAUCGCCAUCGUCACCUUCCUCCUCGUCCUUCUCUACUACUACAAUUUCACCAACUUCUUGAAGAACUACAUGCGCUUCUCUGCCUUCUUCGUCCUCGGCACCAUGGGAGGUUCGAUUUUCUUGUCCAUAAUCCAGCAUUUCUCGAUACCCAUUGACUCCAUCACUUGCUUUUUGCUGCUUUUCAAUUUCACUGUUGUGGGAGUGUUGUCUGUGUUCUCUGGUGGGAUACCCAUUUUUCUACGCCAAGCUUAUAUGGUUUGUUUGGGGAUUAUUGUGGCGGCUUGGUUUACCAAGUUGCCCGAAUGGACAACUUGGGUUUUGCUUGUGGCUCUGGCUGUGUAUGAUUUGGUGGCUGUGCUGGCACCCGGUGGGCCGCUUAAGCUGUUGGUGGAGUUGGCCUCUAGCCGGGAUGAGGAGCUCCCCGCUUUGGUUUACGAGGCUCGCCCCACUGUGCCACGAAAUACUCAGCGUCGUGGGUCCGGAUUAGAACUUUUGGUUGCUGGGGUUUCGGAUUCAGGGUCAGUUGAGCUUCAGGCAGUCACAAGGGACAAUGUGAAUCGAAAUGAGAAUGAAAGUCGUGGUAAUUCAGAGUACAGUGCGGUUGAGUUUGGAAGUUUCGGGAGUGAGGGACAUGAGAGUAAUAGAGAUGAAGGGGAGAGGUUACUAUCAGAGGAGAAUGCACGGGAUAGGCAGUCGUUAAGCAGUGAUUCUUUGGGAUAUUCAACUGUGAUUGUUCAGUCUGAUAGAGCUACGCAAUUUAGCAGUGGAGCAUCUGAGAUUAUUAAUGAGGAAAUGUCCCCUCUUGUUGAAAUGACAGGACUGGGAAAUGAGAGAGAGCAGUUGAGGAGGGAUGGUAGCGAAAUGUUCAGUAAAGGUAUUAAACUUGGUCUUGGGGAUUUCGUGUUCUACAGUGUUCUUGUGGGCAGAGCUGCAAUGUAUGACCUUAUGACUGUGUAUGCCUGUUAUCUUGCCAUUAUUUCCGGACUUGGGUGCACUCUUAUUUUGUUGUCAGUGUGCCAUCGAGCUUUGCCUGCUCUGCCUAUAUCGAUUACAUUGGGUGUCGUUUUUUACUUCUUGACUCGGUUAUUAAUGGAGCCUUUUGUUGUUGGGACAGCUACAAAUUUAGUGAUGUUCUGAUAGUCAAAUACUUUAUUGGUAAGAGAGAUGUACAUUCAAGAGCAAAGCUGAUGUUUUUGUAGGCAUGAGAUCUGUAUACAAAUUAAAAGGCAAGAAAUAUAGAGAAAAACUCCAAUGGUUGUGAAAGCGAAGGAGCCAAAAAUUUGCAUUCGAAUUGUCACUGUGGAUAAAUGUCAUCAUAAAAAUUGUUUGAAAUCACAAUGAACUCAGUGCAACUACUAACUAUCUGGAAAACCCAAUUCAUUGUAUUUGCAAGAUUUGAGAAAAAAGGUUGUGCAGAAGUUUUUAUAAGUCGGAAGCUUGUAUUAAGUACUACGUGUGAACCAUGCACUAUUUUGUCCCAAGAGUCAAGUUUCAGAAGCUGGCAAUACCAUCGAAGUCAAGAAAAACAAAUUUGCUGGUCAAUAUUCGUAGGACGGGAAUCUUCUCUAAAAAAGAAAUAGAAAGAAAAGGAUGAAAAUCAAAUUGAUAAUCAUAGCACAUUUAUGUAUCUGCUAUUAGCACAUUUUUUUCCUGAUUAUUGAGAUAUUGUUUUUCCCAUUAUUUAUUUGCUAAUUUUCAAGGGAAUAAAGAUGUGUGUUGAGAUAAUCAGGCUCAACUUAGCUUCAAAAAGGGCCCUUUUAGUGAAAGGGAGUAAUGUUUGAUUAUAAAGUCAAUGCGUGAUUGAACUACCAUAUUGGCUAGUUUCUGUUUAUUAAUUACUUUUGAUCUAAUGAGAUUCCUAACCAAAAGGCUGAGAUUGUAGCAAGCGAUCUAUUGUUAAACAUUUAAUAUCUUUAUCUAUUUUCCUUUCUCACUAAGAAUUAACACAUAAAUGACACAUGCAUUAGUUUGUUUUCAAUUAAUCCUAGAAGUUGCAGAUCAAGACACAUAGAGUUGGAGUGAGAGAGAGCAAGAGAUAUUGGGAGGUAGAUCUAGCUUCUCCAUUGCAGAGAGAGCUAGCCUCUCUCUCUCCCUCUCUCUGAUUUUCAUACAUCAUUUUGUUUCAGUUUCAAUUAGGGAUAGCAGAGAAAGGCUAAUCGAAAUCGUGAACCACAAUUUUCCUUUAUGCUUCUAGAUUUUCUCUGCAAUGAAAUAGGAGUUAUGAGAGGGUUGAGGUAGGCAGAUUUUAUUCUGAUUCCCAACGAUCAGCCAAACCAAUCCUCUUUAUCACUUGUUUGCGUUUUGAGGCUAGUGAUUGGGAAUACAAAUUAGUGGUGCGGUGUGCAUUUGAGAAAUCUUGAGAAGAGGUUAUAUGGAGGUCAGACCAGACCCUGGUAAAUAGUACGUGAACACAGGGCAACUACUUGAAGGGGCUGUUAGAAGUGUUGUCAAAAUCCAGAAGUUUUAUUUUGAGUUUUGAUCCAGUGACACUCAAAAUUUCUGCCACUGAAUGCGAGGAGCAAUGAAGCAUGAAAGAAAUCUUCGAAAAAUGACUGAUUUUGGAAACGAGCUGAUUGCUGUGUAAUUUUUUUUUGGUAGUAACAUAAAGCUAUUUUGGCUUCCCCGAUUUGCAACAGGGGAUAAAAGAUUUGACAGUUUGCUGCUUAAUUGCUUUGAGUGGUAGCAAGGCUUCUAACACUAAGUUGAAGAUAUGCUUACCAAUUUUGUAUGUAUGAUGUAAAAUGUUGAUUUAAUUAUGAAUUUGGUUUUCUGAACA